AAGGGCAACGUGACUCCUCGAGCCGUCCAAGCAGUGUUUAAUCUAGCAUGUUGGGCAAAAAGUCGCGACGGAUUGCUAGUCAAGUGGAUCAAUCGGACUCUUCUUUUCCCUCAGUUUAGUUUUAUUUUACUUUUACGUACGCUCGAGUGGUCUUUUAAGUUGUAAAGAGUAUUUUUUUUUCUCCGUGUUAUCAAGGCAAGGCUUAUAAUAGGCUGACUGGGAAAAGCUUCUUUGGUUUACCUUAGCCGUACCUCCGGUAUUAUUGGCCUCGCAAGACUAUUAUUACGCACCUGUGAUGUGGGUUGUCCAUCGGAACGGACAUUGGAUACGGGACAUUUGACACCUUGUGUAGAUCGUAAUGAACUUUGAAGCAUUUACAGGCACAGGCGCUGGUCGUAGUUGAGGACUACUGCUCGGGUGGCAAAACUGACCUGUCGAUCGACUCGAUACUUUUUUGAAUGAGGCUAUAGACAUAAAAAAGUGAUCUUAUUUGCUUUGACUGGUCCCAAAUGGACCGUCAAUUGAAUGGAUAUCAUGUUUCGGACGAUUGUCUCAACAGCAACACGAACAGCAGCAGCAGCAAAGACACAUCACAAAGGUCUGCCUGCUUCUGAAACGCCGAAGACCGUUCAACCACCUACAAAAUCCCCACCGAGAAAUCACCUGUUUGUCAGGGUUGAUCCCUACGGGUUUGAGAGGCCUCAGGACUUCGACUAUGAGUCCCACGAGGAGAUGAUGUCUGAGUAUCUUGCAGUGCUUCGAAGAAGAUCCGUGAAGUGGUCCAAACUUUUACAUGGAAAUGUGAAAGUGGAGAAGAACAUAAAAGUGAAGCGCUAUGUGCGUAAAGGAGUACCCAAAGAGCACCGUGCUCAGAUCUGGAUGGCGGCCAGUGGUGCUCAGGAGCAGCUGGAGAAGCACCCAGGAUACUACCACUCCCUCCUGAAGAACAAGCACAAUGCUAAGCUGGAGGAGACUAUACGCUUAGAUAUGCACAGGACCUUUCCGGACAAUGUCCUUUUCAGAAGUUCCUCUGAGUCGUGUCUACAGACGGCCCUGUACAAUGUGCUCCUGGCUUAUGGACACCACAACAAUGAUGUGGGAUACUGCCAGGGGAUGAAUUUCAUUGCAGGUUAUCUGAUCAUCAUUACAAAAGAUGAGGAGAAGUCCUUCUGGCUGAUGGAUGCCUUACUGGGCAGGAUAUUACCAGACUACUACACGGCAGCCAUGAUGGGUCUGAAGACGGAUCAGGAGGUGUUGGGGGAGCUGUUGAAGGUGAAAGUGCCCGCGGUGUGGCACCUGAUGCAGCAGCACAACGUCAUGUGGUCCCUGGUGGUGUCUCGCUGGUUCAUCUGCCUCUUCAUCGACGUCCUACCAGUGGAGACAGUCUUAAGGAUCUGGGACUGUUUGUUCUACGAGGGUUCUAAGAUCCUGUUCCGUGUGGCCCUCACACUGAUCCGCCACCACCAGGCGCUCCUGCUACAGGCGCAGAACCUUCCAGACGUCUGCGAGCGCUUCAAACAGAUAACCCACGGGGAGUUUGUAGAGGACUGCCACACUUUCAUGCAGAAAAUAUUUUUGGAGCCUGGAAGUCUGUCCAUGGCGUCGGUAAGGAAACUCCGUCAAACAUGCAGAGAUCGCAUUGUGGCCGAGGAGGCUGCCCUGCGACCCUGAGAUCAGCUCUUUUUCAACGUCUGCACACGAACAUUCCUCACAUGUAUUUGUAACAAACAGGAGACAGGGCCUCCCCGUGACCACCCUUUGCACUGCCUCUGAACUGGAAAUGGCAUAUAAAUUCUAAUGAAAUAGAAAAUAUGGCAUUCCGCAUUAAAAAAAAGUUUUGUCUAAUGAAGUUAACUCAGGUGUCCCCCAAUUCAUUUUAGCAGUUUUUUUUUGAACUGUUAAAACAGCUUAAAGGAAACAUAUUGUAUUGUAAAGGCCCUUUAUGCUGUACUAUCUAUGUCAUUUCUACUGGUGUUCUAUAUGAUGAUUAAGUGCUUUUGUACUGUUGAGUGUGGCUGUAUAUGAAUGUAUUGAAUAUGGCUGCCAGAAAUGAAAAGAAACUCUUUUGACCA